CUCUCUCUCCCUGCAGCCAAGGGGUUUGGAGCCACCUGCCCAUCCCUCUCCACCUUCUACUUCCUUUUUGUUGUCUUUGUGGUGUCCACCAUCUUCCACUGCCACCGGCGCCUGGCUCUGGUACCUGCCCCCUGGGCAUAUUCAGCCCAGGUGGUUGUGGUCCCCAGACACCACCCCCAGGAGGGCAUGUUCACUAUCAACUCCAAAGGCCGCCUGGGGAACCAGAUGGGCCAGUACGCCACACUGUAUGCCCUCGCCAAGCUCAAUGGGCGGCCCGCCUACGUCCCCGCGCAGAUGCACAGCACGCUGGCCCCCAUCUUCAGGAUCACGCUGCCCGUCCUGCACAGUGUCACGGCCCAGAGCGUCCCGUGGCAGAACUAUCACCUCAAUGACUGGAUGGAGGAGCAGUACCGCCACAUCCCGGGGCGCUACGUCCGCCUCACGGGCUACCCCUGCUCCUGGACCUUCUACCACCACCUGCGCCAGGAGAUCCUGCAGGAGUUCAGCCUGCACGAGCACCUGCGCGAGGAGGCCCAGCAGUUCCUCCAGGCCCUGCAGGCCUUGCAGGCCUGGCGGAUGACCUUUGUGGGGGUGCACGUGCGCAGGGGGGACUACAUUCGUUUCAUGCCGCAGGUGUGGAAGGGCGUGCUGGCCGACAGAGGCUACCUGCAACAGGCCCUGGACUGGUUCCGAGCCCGCUACCGUUCCCCACUCUUCGUGGUCACCAGUGACGACAUGGCCUGGUGCCGGCAGAGCAUCGACAGCUCUCGUGGAGACGUGGUGUUUGCUGGCAACGGCCUUCAAGGCUCCCCCGCUAAGGACUUUGCGCUGCUCACACAGUGCAACCACAGCAUCAUCACCGUGGGCACCUUCGGGAUCUGGGCCGCCUAUCUUACAGGUGGGGACACUGUCUACUUGGCCAACUUCACCCUGCCCAACUCCCCCUUCCAUAUGGUCUUUAAGCCACAGGCAGCUUUCCUGCCAGAAUGGGUGGGCAUUGCUGCUGACCUCAGACAGGCCCAGCAGAGCAGCCUCUAGGCCUGCUUACCCCUCCCUGCCUGGGCCUCUGGGGUGAGUUGUGGGGGAGAUUGCAAUUCAGAAUGUUGGAGUCCACGUGGUAUUUGAAUUUGCCUUUUCUACUUCAUAGCUGAGUGACCUUGGACAAAUGUCUUCAUCUUUCUGUGCCUUAGUGUGGCACCUUGAAGAUGAACGCAGGCAGAACUUAGCAGUAAUACAUGAGAAUCCACAAGUUCAUGUAGGGCUCUUGCUUAUGAAUCGUGGGAUGUGUGGGUAUGGGAAGGUCCUGGUUGCUGAGGGCCAGUGGAUCACACCCACUCACCAGGUAUGUGGCCUGACUAGUGCCUGGAGCGCUCUCACACGGAACCUUACUUUGUUGCAGCACUGGUAGCAUGGAAUCCCCAUGUUCCAUAUCAGAUCCUAGGGCGUUCCGUGGAGGCCAUUCCUGCCCUGGAGCUCCAGGAACUCAAGGCUUUGCAUCCGUGGGCCUUCCCAUGAUGGAAUGCAAGGGAUGGCAGGAUGCAGUACUGGGUCUUGGAGGUGUCCUCAGUGGGGAGGCUGUUCCCUUGCAGGGCGGCCGAUCCAGGGCAAGAAUGCCUCACCUUGGCAGCCCCGGCCACAAAGACACGGGGUGCACAUUGCCAUGGAUGACAGCCUGACCCCAAAGGGCUAUGGAGACUAGACCAUGGCCAUCUCAGCAGCUGCCUACAGACACGGUGACUGGCAACAGAUGCCUCACCCCUGCUCUGCCUAAGCCCCUGGGACCUCACUGCCACUCUGAGCAAUCCCAGCGUGGCCUGCCCAGGCCUGUCUUCCAUUGCUGUAACUGAGGGUCAUAGACUGGGAAGAUUAUAAAGAAGGCAGGUUCUCGAGGCCUGAAGGCCUAUAAUAUAGUGCUGGCAACUGCUUGCAGCUGGGUCAUGACAUGGCAGGACUGAAGGUCCUGGCUCAGGUCUGCCCUUUUGUGAAGCCAAGGUCCCCUGGGAUUGGCCCUUUGUCCUGUGACCUCUUACCUCAAUUGCCUUCCAAAGGUCCCACCCCCAGGCUCAUAGCAAGCUUGAAUUCCCCACUCUCCUCCCUCACAAUAAGGAGUAACUUGCCACCCAGAGUCUUGGUGGGGACAUUCCAACCAUAGCACAGACAGAAGUGGGGUUAGGUGACUACACAGCUGGUUUUCCUGUAUUCAGUGUUGUUUUUUUUUAAUAGGAAUUUUAUUUUUACUUUUUUCCCAUACAUAAGUUCAGUGUAUUUUAAAACAUGGAGAUGCCAGAAUGUUAUUGGUGUAAUGCUCCUUUGUGGGUAUUUUAAAAAUCAUAACAAAAUCAUUUGCAUUCACUUAAAAUUCCUACCAGGUGUAGGUGCCCUGGUUUAGGGACCCUCUCUGUCACUCUCUUUCCUGCAUGACACUGUCUCCAGGGCUCCUGCUGUUUGACUGACCAUUCUUGGGCUCACUUCCAGAGCCCAACCCCUCGUCCCCAUGGAGUGCUAAUGUGCCUUCUCGGAGUCAUCUUGGGCCUGGCUCCUUCCUUCCGUCCUUGACAGGGCGGUCAAGGUGUGGCGUUGGCUAUAAAGUGGCUUGGGCACGGCAGGUCUCUGCCAGCUCUCCCCUGCCAUGUGGCAAAACACCCGGAGACCUGGUGCUUAAGACACGGACAACACUUGCUCUCUCGCAGUCUCGGGGGCCGAGCUGUGCGGCUGUGUCAGGCAGCCAGGAGAUGGCCCUCCAGUGUUAGCUGGGCCAGGGAUCUGCUCCCGUGGCUGGAGGGUUGGUGCUGGUCCUGGACAUGACCUCUGCCAGCCACUUGAGUGUCCUUGCAAUGUGCAGCCAGUUCCUCCAGAGCCAGGAAGCUGCAGAGGCCUUGGUGACCUAGCCUCAGAGGAUAUACUGUCACCCCUGCCCCAUCUAUCACUCCAGACAGCAGCUCCGCCUCCACAUGGGAGGGGACUGCACCAGGGCCUGUAUCCCCCAAGUGGAGGUGGGGUCCUGGAGCUUGGUGACUCAGCACACCCCGGCUCAAGCCACAGAUACCAAUUGUCUUAUAGUCAUGGCGGACAGAAGUCCAGGUGGAGGGUGAGCAGGGCAGCUCCUCCCAGGCCCAAGGCAGGAUCUGUUCAGGCCUCCCUCCUCGUCUGUGUUGUCUUCACAUGUCUCCUGCUGUGUCUUCACAUGAUCUGCCCUGUGGGUGUGUGUCCUCAUCUGGUUUCUUAUGGGGACACCAGGCUGGAUCAGAGCCCACCAUAGCAACCUCAUUUAAUUACAUCCCAUGACCCCAUGCUAAGGUUCUAGGGGCUGGGGCUUGAGAUUUUGUGGGGAUACAAUCCAGCCAUAUGGUGGUCUUCUGUGAUUCCUAGCUGAUUCCCUAGGGUCCCCUUCCCUUUUCCCUUCAUCCUCUCAGGACUGGCCCUCGGCAACCAGGAUCUUCCUCACAUCACCCUUGUGGAGAGACUCCAGCAGGAGGGAACAGGAAUCUGGGGUCUUGACCCCUGGGUGAGGGCUGUGCCCAGAUUCCCCCCCCCAAGUAGACGCCCAUGUGCCACCCCCUGCUGACUCCUCCACUUCCUCCACCUUGCCGCAUUCCUAGAGGCCAAUCGAUGGCACCUGUGGCCCUAUGGCCACCUGUUGUGUUGGGUCAGCAGAGUCCCGUCCAGAAGUGGGGCAAGGAGGGACAACAGGGUUAGGUUAUUUGGUCUCCCAGGGAUGGUCACCACUUCCCGCGGUCACUGGCCCUCUGGAGCUGUGCUACCUCGCUGGCCCGCGAUCCAACCCAGGUGGCCCAGUCUGAGUGUUCCUUCUACGUGGAUCCUUAUCUCACAAAAUUCCCACGUUGACAUUUUUACUGGGACACUGAAAUCACUGGGAUGAUCUGUGUUGGCUCACUGAGAGUGAUGCAGACACAUGGCAUUUCUUGCAGACUCACCUUGACACAAAUGGAGCUGGGGACGUUCUGGGGCAGGGAGUCAAGUGCCACUUCCCUGCUCUGGUCUUUCCUCUGCAUCCUGGGGGUGAUGUGGGUGAAGAUCUGGGAGCCCCAUCGUGCAGCCUCCUUGUCUUGGGCCCUUUCUGAGGGCUUCUGCCAGGAGGGAGUGGGACAGAGCAGGUCCCAUGCUGGCUACUGUGGGCUGGGCAUGUCACUUGUCAUGUGGCACUCAGCUCUGUGUGAUCUGGACACAAAGGGCCCCACUCUGUUCCCUGCAUGUUGGGUGUUGCUCAGAUGAGGACGGCCACAGCUUCUCUUUUAUAAAAGCCCAUAGAAGUUGGCAAACUGCCAAUCAUAAGUUGCAUUUAUUCAUUUGACAAAUAUUUACUGAGCUCCUCACCUCACUUGCAAGUUCCAAAGCAGAAGCUGGCCAGCGCCAAGAAACCACUCCUGUCCCUCGGCAGAGGGGCAGGAAGGAAGCCAGCAGGAUAGGUGCCACGUAGGUUCCCCAAGCCACCACGCCCAGCUCCUCAGAUGGCACUGAACCCACAAUACGUGCGGGUCACGGGCUGAACUGUGCACCCCACCCCGACAUUCCUGUGUUGGAGUCCUAACCUCUACUACCUCAGACAGUGUGACCUAAAUUGGAAAUAGGGUCAUGGCCAAUGUAGUAGUCGAGACAAGGUCAUGCUGCUGUAAAGGGGCCUUGGUCCAUUAGGACCAGGGGCCACCCAGACACACAAAGGGGCAAAUGCCACAGGUUGACAGGGGCAGGGGUGGACUUCUGGCAUCAAGAACUGUAUGAGGAAUGCUUCCUGCUGUUCCCAGGCACCCAGUUUGUGUCGCCCUGUUGUACAGGAGCCCUGGGGAGUGGAUAGAGUGUCGUGUCUGCCAGCUGAACGUUGAGACCCCCCCAGAGGGCUGGUGCAGUGUGAGGCCCGGGCUCCAUCCUCAGCUCCGCACAUAGAGACACAGGUGAGAGACUAAAUUUUCCCUUGGCCUUGGCCCCAGGCCUGGGUUCUGUCAGGGAGUCAAGCAGAGAGUGGACCCGGGAAGCUGCCAGGAGCUACGUGGCUGUGGCCCCGGAGUGACCUAGCAACAGAACCCCUGCUUCUGAAGUCUGAGUAGCUGAGAAUCUCAGAGCCCACUAAGGUGGCAGAGAGAACUGAACCACCCCAGCAGGGGUCUGAGGGCUCAUUCCAGGGGUUGAGCCCAACCGGAAGUGGACGGUGGUGUACAUCUCCCUCUGGCCCCCUUUACCCUGAUGUUGAGUUCAGCUGGAACUGGAACUGGAAGAGCUGGGGAGGCGGGGUUCACUGGCUGCGUUUCCUCCCAAAACUUAGCAGGACGCUCACGAGAUUUUCAGACUUAUCACAAGAAUUUUUUCCUCCUUUUUCUUUUCCUCGGUGCUGGGGUGGAGCCCAGGGCCUUGGUGCAUGCCGGGCACACGCUCACCACAGGCCUCAUGACCCUUGAGGCCCCUCCUCAUCACCUGGAGGGUAAAUCUCCUUAGUCCACUCCGCCCCGGCGGCGGUGGCUGGUGUGCCAGGCCGUGGUUAAUCCUCCUGGCCGCCUCAGGCUCCUACGCUCAUCAGCCCGUGAUUUGGGGCAGGGACGGUGCCUCCCUAAGCAUUAGAACAGUGCCUGGCCAGACAUGUCCGGCAGGGCAAAUCCGCAGAGACUGCAAGCGGUUUGGUCUGGUGUUAUGGUUUAGAUAUGAGGUGUCCCCCAAAAGCUCAUGUGGGAGGCAAUGCAAGAAAGUUCAGAGGUGAGACGAUAAAGUUGAGACGCCUAACCCGUCCAGUGCAUCUGUCCACUUGAGUGGACUCACUGGGUGGUGGCCGCAGGCAGGUGGGGUGUGCCUGGAGGAGGUGGGUCUCUAGGGGCACUCUCCCUUCCUCUUCUCACCCCUUCCUGGUGGCCUUGUCCUGAGCUGCCUCCCUUCACUACAUUCGUCUGCCAUGACGUCCUGCCUCACUGUGGGCUCAGAGCAAUGGAGCCAGCCAUCCACUCAGACCUCUGACGCCAGGAGCCCCAAAUAAACUCUUCCUCCUAAAAACCAUUCUUGUCAGGCCUUUUAGUCACAGCGACGGAAAAUCUGAC